GCUUGAAGACCAAUUAGAGCCCCGGAAGCGCGGCGGGCCAGCCAGACGGGGGCGGGCUAAAGGGUGACAUCUGUGCUUUAAAGGGUCCGGGUCAGCUGACGCCCGACCCUGUGGAGUCUAGCUGCAGGGCUGUCAGCCGCUGAAGGUAGAGAUGACUGGCGAACGACCUAGCAUGGAGCUCCCGGGCAGACUCUGGGGGCCAUGGAUUCUGGGCUUCUGGGGAGGCUGCAGGGUUCGGGUGUUUGCUGCGAUCUUCCUGCUGCUGUUGUCUCUGGCAGACUCCCGGUCCAGGGCUGAGAAAGACUUCGGUCUGGUGCAGCCGCUGGUGACCAUGGAGCAACUGCUGUGGGUGAGCGGGAGACAGAUCGGCUCAGUGGACACCUUCCGCAUCCCACUCAUCACAGCCACUCCUCGGGGCACUCUCCUCGCCUUUGCUGAGGCGAGGAAAAUGUCCUCAUCCGAUGAGGGGGCCAAGUUUAUCGCCCUGCGGAGGUCCAUGGACCAGGGCAGCACAUGGUCUCCUACAGCGUUCAUUGUCAAUGACGGGGAUGUCCCCGAUGGGCUGAACCUUGGGUCGGUGGUGAGCGAUGUUGAGACAGGAGUGGUAUUUCUUUUCUACACCCUUUGUGCCCACAAGGCUGGCUGCCAGGUGGCCUCUACCAUGUUGGUAUGGAGCAAGGAUGAUGGUGUUUCCUGGAGCACACCCCGGAAUCUCUCUCUGGAUAUUGGCACUGAAGUGUUUGCCCCUGGACCCGGCUCUGGUAUUCAGAAACAGCGGGAGCCACGGAAGGGCCGCCUCAUCGUGUGUGGCCAUGGGACGCUGGAGCGGGAUGGAGUCUUCUGUCUCCUCAGUGAUGAUCAUGGUGCCUCCUGGCACUACGGGAGUGGAGUCAGCGGUAUCCCCUAUGGCCAGCCCAAGCGGGAAAAUGAUUUCAAUCCUGAUGAAUGCCAGCCCUAUGAGCUCCCAGAUGGCUCAGUCGUCAUCAAUGCCCGAAAUCAGAACAACUACCACUGCCACUGCCGGGUCGUCCUCCGCAGCUAUGAUGCCUGUGAUACACUGAGGCUCCGUGACGUGACCUUUGACCCUGAGCUCGUGGACCCUGUGGUAGCUGCAGGAGCUGUAGUCACCAGCUCCGGCAUUGUCUUCUUCUCCAACCCAGCACAUCCAGAGUUCCGAGUGAACCUGACCCUGCGCUGGAGCUUCAGCAAUGGUACCUCAUGGCGAAAAGAGACAGUUCAGCUGUGGCCAGGGCCCAGCGGCUACUCAUCCCUGGCAACCCUAGAGGGCAGUAUGGAUGGAGAAGAGCAGGCCCCCCAGCUCUACGUCCUGUAUGAGAAAGGCCGGAGCCACUACACAGAGAGCAUCUCCUUGGCCAAAAUCAGUGUCUAUGGGACGCUCUGAGCUGUGCUGCUGCCACAGGGAUAUUAGGCCCAGGACUCUGCCUUCAGGACCACGGGUCUGUAGAGGGUCUGCUGGAGAUGCCUAAAAGACAGUUCCAUCUUCCUUUAGACUUUGGCCUCAGCAAAAUCACUUUCCCUUUACCAAGUAAAUCACUUCUGUCAGGACUGAAAGCCAAGCUUCCUCUCCCACAAAAGAAGUCCUGACCUCACCUGAAAAUACUUCCUUCCCAUGUGGCCAAAUGUGGCCCCACCACCCUCUCUGUUCUCCCGGGACAUGGAUUGGUCCUGUCUGGGGCAGGGCUAGUGAGCCGCAGAAUUGAAUCAAUGUGAACUCAGGGAACUGGGAAAGGCCGAGCUUCCUCUUUGGUGUUGGGGUAAGAUAACCGCUCCCCGAGUGGCAGGAUGUUUGGUUUCAGGUUAUGGACUAGGUGUACCACCCCCAUUGACUAUUUGCCAGUGAAAAUGUUUGUAACUUAAAAUUUUUAAUGAAGGAGAAUGAAUAUUUGUAAAGUCUUUA